GUACAUCAAAAAAUUACACCACGUGUGUGAUUCAAAAAGUAUAUAUAUAUAUAUAGAUAUAACAAAAAUCAUCGUUUUAAUGAAAAAUCAUCAAAUUGUGAAACAAUUUUUAAAGUGCCUCGCAAAUCUUUUUUUUGGGAAUUUUAUGUGUUUAUGUGUACAGUGUGUUUUGUAACCAGUGAUAAAAAAAAAUCCAAAAAUUAUAUAUAUUUUUUUUUUAAUGAAAAUAUAUACAUAAUUAUUUAUUUAAAAAUAUAUUUAUCGAAAAUUUUUAUAUUAUACAAUAUAAAAUUAUUAUAAAAUACAAAAGUAUUAUAAAAUAAAAAUUUUGUUUUAAAUUUUCCACAAAAAACAAUUUUUAUUUGGGAAAUUUUUUGCGAAGAAAGAGCAAAAAUAAAUUUUUUGAGUAAUCAAGAAAAAUUGUCGGUACAAAAAGUUUUUUUGAAAAAGGCAGAAUUGCCAGGUAAAAAAAAACAGCUUUCAUAUGUUGGACACAAUGAUUAGUGGAAAUAAUUUUCCAUUGCAAACGGAAAGUGCAUUAGUUGCAAAAUUUCCACGUGUCGAAGAAGAAGAAUAUUCUGGACACAUUGGACGACCUUAUGUUAAAGCAGCAACUGAAUUGAAAUCAGAUUCAGCGACAGAAGUUAUUGACAUUGAUUGUUUGGCACACAAUGAAAAUCCAUUAUACGAAAAGAUAGUGGAAAUAACAGCCAGAGAAGGACGUCUACAUUGUAUAAAUGAUUUUGUAAAUACUUCCUGUUGGUUAAAAAUGGUACCAUUGGCAAAAGACUGCCAAAGUCCUAAUGUCAUGCUAAUGAAUGCUGAAAGGGGUGUUGUUUUAAAAACAAUAAAAAAUAUUUAUCCAGGUGAACCUCUUUUAAUGUGGUUCACGGAAAAUAUUUUAGCAAUGAUGAAUAUUCCAUUUUUAACGCCAAGAAACAUUUUAGGAAAAAAUCGUUACACAUGUGAAAUGUGUAAUUUUGCCUUUGAAUGUCCAAAUCCAUUGAAAAUUCAUUUGGCAUUAAAAUGCAAUCGUUUGGAUUUAAGUUAUUUAUGGACAAAAUUGGCUAAGGAAUAUAAUGCACCACAAAAAGCAUCAUUAAUAUUAAAUCCAUUUACACCAAUAAUUCCAUUUAAAUUUCAAUUAUCUGGCACGCCAAAAACAAAUUAUAAUGAAUUAUUUGCCUCAAGAACAUCGCCGGAGACAAUUGUUAAAAGUGGAGGUAGUCUUCAUAGUUCGGCAUCAUCAUCAUCGGCACAAAGUUCACCAGAAUCAGUUAUCAAUGAAAGACGACCACCAAGUUCAAUGGAUAUUUCACAAGUUAAAAAAAAUUUAACAAAUCAUCAUUCAGCAUUUAAACCCUAUCAAAAUAAACCAAUGAUGUUUAGUGGUGUAUCACAAAUGGAUGAUCCAUUAAUGAGUCAUUAUCAAGUUGUCCCAACACCGGCGCCGCCAUCUUCAUUGUCGCCUGGUGUUCAUGCUGCGCAACUCGAGACAAUAUGCAGUAAUUUGGGAAAAUUGAAACAGGGUCAUAAAUGUAUUUAUUGUGGGAAAAUUUAUUCAAGGAAAUAUGGUCUCAAAAUUCACAUCAGAACGCACACAGGCUACAAGCCAUUAAAUUGUAAAUAUUGCCUACGACCAUUUGGUGAUCCAAGCAAUUUAAAUAAACACGUGAGACUACACGCGGACACAGAAAGAAAUUCUCCCUAUAGAUGUGAUAUUUGUGGUAAAAAUCUCGUGAGACGAAGGGAUCUUGACAGGCAUAUAAGAUCAAGACAUCAGGAGAAUUCUGGCAAUAGUUCAGAUGCAUCGGAGGAUUUAGAUAUAAGUGGCUGAAAAAUUUAUAAUUCUUUUAUGGUAUAUAUAUAUAUAUAUAUCAAAUUUUACACCAUAAGAGAAAUUGUCUGUAUUUGAAUGAAUGCGAAAAAAUUUAAUUUUUUACAUUUAAAAAAAAGUAAAUUGAUUUUUAAAAUUGUAAGGUGCAAAUUAUUAGCGAUUUUUUUUUGUAAUUUUUUUUUGUUAUCUCAAACGCUUCUUUUAUUCUUAAAAAAAAAAAUAAGAUAAAAAAUCCUUUGCAGUUUGCACCAUCAAGGGCCGUCCUUGUUUUAUUUAUUUAUUAUUAUUAUUAUUAUUAUUUUUCUUUUAAUAUUGUUAUUGUUUAAAAUAAUUAAAAAAAAGAGAGAACACUAUAAUGUGUAUUUAAUUUUGUAAAUAUUGCAAUAAAUUGUAAUUAAGUUUUCUUGAAUCUCCGCAUCAAAGGAUAAACGAUGUUAUUAAAAAUUAUUUAUAAAUUAUUUUUUAUUAUUAUUCUCAAUUUAAUAUACCUCAAAAUGUAUGUAUAUAUAAAGCAAUGAAUUGUAUAUAAUUU